AUGGAUGCAGUAAACGAUAGAGAGAGCGAGAUUGCACUGUUGGUCUCUAGCGCCUCAAAUCAUCAUGAUAAUAGCUGGAUUGACAUCCCAUCAUCAUCAUCUUCAUUGACCCCAACAUGGACUUACGACGUCUCUCUAAGUUUCAGAGGCGAAGAUACUCGCAGAAGUUUUGUAGCCCAUCUCUUCCGAGCUCUUCGCAGCAAAGGCAUCUAUACUUACAAAGAUGAUCAGAGAUUGGAGAAGGGCAAGUCGAUUUCACCCGAACGCUUGCAAGCAAUCCAAGAAUCGUUGUUUUCAAUCGUAAUAUUCUCCAAGGGCUAUGCAUCCUCGACGUGGUGCUUGGAGGAACUUGUAAAGAUCACCGAAUGUCACGAGAUCAUUGGACAAUCUGUGUUGCCAAUAUUCUACGACGUCGAUCCGUCAGACGUACGCAAGCAGAGGAAUAGCUUCGCCGAUGCUUUUGCCAAACACGAGAGAGACCAUAGCCCGGAGAAGGUGCAGAAGUGGAAGGAAGCUAUGUCUCAAGCAGCCGGCAUAUCAGGCUGGCACUCUUGUGAUUUCGCAGAUGACGAUGAGUUCAUCGAGAAAUUUGUUCAAGACCUGCAUAGUCGGUUGCACCAGUUUGAACAACCACCUGGCGAACAUAAUCUGGUGGGAGUAGGAUCUCAUACGGAGGAAGUCAUUUCGUUGAUGGAUUUGAGAAGUCCCGAAGUCCGCAUAGUGGGACUCCACGGGAAGGUGGGAAUAGGCAAGACAACUGUUGCCAGAGCCCUUUUUGACAGAUUAUCUGACAAGUAUGAAGCUGCUUGUUUUCUGGAUGAUGUUGGCCAAAUUUCCCAGAAACACGGAGUGGAUUAUUUACAAGAAAUCCUACUCUCCGAGAUGCUCAAGCUAAGAAACAUCAAGAUAAGAAGCACGAGCGAAGGGCUGAGUAUGAUGGCACGCCGGUUUCGACACCUGAGGACCCUAAUCGUUCUUGAUGCUGUGGACCACGCAAACCAGUUGGAGGCCUUGGCAGGAAAACGCAACUGGUUUGGUGGCGGGAGUAGAAUUGUCAUAACAGCAAGAGAUGAAGAGUUGCUGUCUAAAUAUGGAGCUGAUGGUACGUAUAAGGUGUACGGAUUGUCCUACAACCAAGCUAAACAGCUUUUCAGUCUCCACGCAUUUGCGAACAGAACUCCUGGAGCUUUCAGAAAGAGCUUGGGUGGUCCAAUUUGUAGUAUUUGCAGACUUCCCUCGUCUAUUAAGGUCUGGGCUUCUUUGGUCCGCGGUCGAGAUAUAGCCUGGAGGGAGAUGAUGGAUGCAGUAAACGAUAGAGAGAGCGAGAUUGCACUGUUGGUCUCUAGCGCCUCAAAUCAUCAUGAUAAUAGCUGGAUUGACAUCCCAUCAUCAUCAUCUUCAUCGACCCCAACAUGGACUUACGACGUCUCUCUAAGUUUCAGAGGCGAAGAUACUCGCAGAAGUUUUGUAGCCCAUCUCUUCCGAGCUCUUCGCAGCAAAGGCAUCUAUACUUACAAAGAUGAUCAGAGAUUGGAGAAGGGCAAGUCGAUUUCACCCGAACGCUUGCAAGCAAUCCAAGAAUCGUUGUUUUCAAUCGUAAUAUUCUCCAAGGGCUAUGCAUCCUCGACGUGGUGCUUGGAGGAACUUGUAAAGAUCACCGAAUGUCACGAGAUCAUUGGACAAUCUGUGUUGCCAAUAUUCUACGACGUCGAUCCGUCAGACGUACGCAAGCAGAGGAAUAGCUUCGCCGAUGCUUUUGCCAAACACGAGAGAGACCAUAGCCCGGAGAAGGUGCAGAAGUGGAAGGAAGCUAUGUCUCAAGCAGCCGGCAUAUCAGGCUGGCACUCUUGUGAUUUCGCAGAUGAUGUCCUAGGAAUCAUUUCGUUGAUGGAUUUGAGAAGUCCCGAAGUCCGCAUAGUGGGACUCCACGGGAAGGUGGGAAUAGGCAAGACAACUGUUGCCAGAGCCCUUUUUGACAGAUUAUCUGACAAGUAUGAAGCUGCUUGUUUUCUGGAUGAUGUUGGCCAAAUUUCCCAGAAACACGGAGUGGAUUAUUUACAAGAAAUCCUACUCUCCGAGAUGCUCAAGCUAAGAAAUGUCAAGAUAAGAAGCACGAGCGAAGGGCUGAGUAUGAUGGCUCGCCGGUUUCGAUACCUGAGGACCCUAAUCGUUCUUGAUGCUGUGGACCAUGCAAACCAGUUGGAGGCCUUGGCGGGAAAACGUAACUGGUUUGGUGGCGGGAGUAGAAUUGUCAUAACAGCAAGAGAUGAAGAGUUGCUGUCUAAAUAUGGAGCUGAUGGUACGUAUAAGGUGUACGGAUUGUCCUACAACCAAGCUAAACAGCUCUUCAGUCUCCACGCAUUUGGGAACAGAACUCCUGGAGCUUUCAGAAAGAGCUUGGGUGGUCCAAUUUGUAGUAUUUGCAGACUUCCCUCGUCUAUUAAGGUCUGGACUUCUUUGGUCCGCGGUCGAGAUAUAGCCUGGAGGGAGGUUUUUGCAACGUUCAAACCAAACUGA